AUGCGCUGGGUGCCGAAAAGCUCCAUACCUCCAGCACCCAGCCGCGCCGGCAAGUCGCAGGGACGAGGUUGGGGCAGCAAAGGCGGCGGCAAAGGGAAAAGCGAGGGCCGCAAGGGGGGCCAGAAGGGCCAGAAGGGGCAGAAGGGCCAGGUGCAGCGCUUGUGGCGUGGUGCUGGAGCCGCGCGGGCGCCCCCAACGAAUGCAGAGAGGAGGGCCGGCAAGGGCGCCGGCAAGGGCGCGGGCAAGGGCGCUGGCAAGGCCGGUGGCAAGCAGCUAGCGCGCGCGCAGUGGGAUCCUCGUCGGGUGAAUCGUGCAAACGUUAUUGCCAAGAAGAGCCAGAAGGGCAAAGGAAAGGCGUCGUCCUGGAAGGGUGGUGGUAAGGCCUUGGCAAUUUCAAACGGCUCCGGCCGAAGCUACAGCAAAGGCAAGGGCGGAAAGGGACAGGGCUACGGCGGUGGCGGCAGCUGGGGUCAGGAGCGUGGAGACACUCGAGAGAGCUGGUCCAGCUUCGAACCGCCACGCGGUGGCGGCAAAGGCCGCGGCGACGACCGUCGCGCAUCAGAGGAGCUCACGGCCGAGGAUCGGAGAAUGAUGAAGAAGAUCACCAUCGUGGCGCAGCUGGACAAGGUGCCACGGCCCCACCCGGCCAUGCAGGGCCUGGUGAGGGGCUCCGGCAAGCGCUCGGGCGGAGGCGACACAGGGUCCUUGAGCAGUCGAUUUGCCGCCAACUUCGCGCGCUGA